UUUAAGGUAAGGCAAUCUUACCGUCCCCAUGGAGCCAACAUACCCUACUGCACAACCACCGUCACCACCACCACGACAACAAAACCACCACCCCGAAAGGCGGUGGUCCACCACACGAUAUCAUCCCACACAAGGGUUCACAGAUAGAGUAUUGAGGGCAUUAGAGCAUCGCCUUCUCCUACUUAAUAGGUCGGACCCCAAUUUCUACGUCUUAGGUGCGACGGGAAAUGUGUACGUUGUAAACGUAUCAACCACCCUUGCAUGCACGUGCCCUGACCGUGCAACCCCAUGUAAGCAUAUUCUAUUUGUGCUUAUUAAGGUCUUAGGUGUCUCCUUAGACGAUCCUUUUCUAAGGAGGCGGACUCUAAGGCCUAGCCACGUGACUCGACUCUUGGCUAACCCAACCUCUACCGACUCCCCCCUAGCCGGCUAUACUCUUCGUGAGAGGUUCCACCGAGCAUUCUUCCUCCAGAGCCAGAGGGAUGUGAUUGGUGGGACCACCACGACCAAUGCGCCUUCUGUCGUGGUUGAGGAGGGUGCCACGUGUCCUAUAUGUCUUGAAGAGAUGGGAUCAGAGUCAGUGUCAGGGGAAAGGUUGGUGGGUUGUGGAACAUGUCGGAAUUUUAUACAUGAGGAUUGUUUCAAGACUUGGAAAAGGACUCAGAGAAGAAGAUCAGUAAGUUGUGUGAUUUGUAGGUCGAGAUGGAAAGAUAUAAUUAGCAGGGCAGAUCAUGAUCAGAAAUACUUGAAUUUGGCUGCCUAUGUACAAGAAAAUGAUCAGCAUGUGGCUCCUCAAAGUGAAGGAAGUAGUACUUGCCGUGAUUUGUGAAUUGUGAAUUAUGACCCGGCCUAUUUCUUUGAUUACCCUGCAUAAAUUGUACAUGAAAUGAUGAAUAUCUUCAAUUCAUUCUUUUAGCAAUUCUAAAGAAUACAUUUAGGUUGGU